GUCUGGGUAUCACAGUAGCAGAAGUUCUGUCAAUGGAAUCUUUAACUUGGACAAUUACCAGAGAAGACCAGAGAGCAGCAAAAAAUUUGCAUACAUAGUACAUGUAGCUUUUGUGGGCUUCAUCAAAGCCUCGCCUAAAGUUACUCAUCAAAAAGUGAUGUAACAAUAUGUGCACAGGGCUCAUUGUCAAAGAUAAAUUCAAACUGUCUUGUCAGAGUGUAACAGAGGUGUCCAGCAAGAAUGAAAGCUGGCACCAACACUGUAAAAUACAUGUACGUACACAGCUGUGUUACUUUGGUUUGCUUACAAGAAGAUCAACCAUAUACAGUGUAAAGGUCAGAUUUCGCUAUGAUGGUGAUCUACUUUUCACCCUGUACAUCACAGAAGGCUGAACAGUAUGCUGACAACAUAGCUAUUUUAGCAAUGCAUGUACCUCUGGUGGAUUGCGGCCCUGUCAGCUUAUAACCACCUCACUAAAAAGAUGGGUCUUUGUAGGUACCAACACUGCUCAAACAGAAACUAAUUGUACAGGAGAUGAAGCUGAGUUUUUCAUAGACAAUUCAUGUAGGUCAGUGAAUGUCACUCACAUCAUGUACUUAGGCAGGUAUGUAACCAAUGACUGCUCAGUAGCGGAAGUCACCGCCCACACCCAAGCAACACCAUCAUGUGCAUUUGGAUAUUUGAGCAAAGUGUUUAACUCAGUUUAUGAAAAGUGGCAUCUUCCCGAGUUCUAAGAACCGACCAAUGAGGGCAGUAAAUAGAAAUAGUCUAUUUACUUUAGAAAAAACUGCAUGGUACAACUCUCACAUGCCCUACACAAAUUAAAUGUCCUUAUGUAUCAGUAGAAUGUACAUGUAGUUGUGCACAGCACUAUUCAAAUGCACAUGACCUGAGUCACACAUGCCUACUGUACCACUGUCAUUCAUUAGCUAAAGGGGAGCCUUUAUUUAGCGUGUUAAUUAAAAAACAAUAAAAAACAAACAACACCAAACUAAAAACCAAAAGCCCCACAAGUGCUAGGACCACAAUGCAUACAUGUACAUGUAUAUUCAGUGUACCGAGUACACCAUGAAUGAGUAAACUCCGUUUCAGUUCUCAAGUACUCCUGUUUACUAAGUCAAUUAAAUGACAAAUACGCCACAUGUUGUUGAAAAAAAAUGCAGUCUUAGCUUGUGCAGGGCAAUUCAAGAAGGUAUGAGAAAAAUGCCAUUUACACACAUGUACAUGUACAUAUAUUUGAACACAUCUCAGUUGUAUUGAGCAGACAUCCACACCACUAAAAUAUAAGAACACUUGUUGUCAAACUUGACUAUGAAAUAUACCAAAAAAGAGAUAUAUGCUGUCCAAGAUUUCUUGUUUUUUGUGAUUUCUCUCUAUCGUUAUUUAUUGUUAAGUACAUGUAAGCACAUGGUGAUAAAACAAAAAGCAACCCUUUCUCAGAAGUGUUUCUAAAGAGUAUAUAUAUAUUGGUCCACAAUUUCAUAGGAAAAUAUGUACUGAAUAGUGUCUUCUACCAAUCACAUCAGAGCAAUAACUUCCUCAGUUGUCUGGAAACACAUCAAAAAUUUAAAAUCUUUUUUUAUAAAGUUCACUUUUAAAUAUUUACUUAACCCCAAAACAAUGUCAAACAUUUUCAUACAUUCCAGAGGAAAACUACACCAAGUUGUACAAAAAGUGGGUAAAAUCCACCUCAUGGCCUCUUUAAUUUGCUGGAGUUGUUAUGUUGGUGUUCACUAAUUGCACACCCUAAAUCCCUGAGGGCCUUGAAUAAGGGCAAAGAGGGCAACAGAGAUAUAUCAUUAAGCCAAUAGUCAAACUGUACAGCAUAGCCUUCAACAAACAAUUACACUAGCACCAUGUCCUGAGUUGAUGUCAGGGUAUUGUUCACUAUUUGUACAGCAUAAAAGCCCUGAAGGCCUUGAAUAAGGGUAAAAGGAUAAGAAAGAUACGUGACUCCAAUAGAAUAUUUCCCUCAGUAACAAAUCACCUGUAUACCAGCACUAUACAUUUGUACGCAGUGAGCAUGAAGGUCAAAGGACACACAUCUUUUAUCUUUGAACAACGCAUAUAUUGUACAUGUGUGUACCUGUGUCUCAACAGAGACACAACUGCCCUUGCACAAGUCAACUCCACUACCACAUAACACUUCCCUCACGAAAGCAGAGUAAAAUUUCAUCACUCUCUCAAACUGCACAAGCUUGAACAUGGGCAAACCAGUUAAAAUCAUCAUUUGGUCAUCACCACGCACAUGCUCCACAGCUCUCCUCAAAUGCAUGAGCAGCCUACCAAAUACCAAGGUAUUUGAUGAAUUGUACAGCAUAGCAUUUCUGUUGGGACCAGACAGAUUGAACCAGACCUCGAUCGAAGAGGAGACUCCAUAUAAUGAGCCAACGCAGGACCCCAUACACACUGACAAAGGAUACGCCUUCCCCAGCUCAAUCUGCACAUACAACUGGAUAAAGGAGACCCUUCAGCAAGAUUAUCCUGACAAAGAGAUCAUCAUCUCCAAGGAGAUUGUCUACUGCUUGAACCACAGGUACGACAGUCUGCCGGAGGGUUAUCAUCAUGUCUUCUUGUUGCGGCACCCAAGCAAAGUCUUUCCUUCCUGGAAGAAACUGACCUAUGAGGUCCUGACAGCCAUACCAGAAUUCCCAAGUCAGGUUCCAGCAUCUCUGGAUGAGUUUGUCUUUGACCACCAACCUCCACAUCUGUUGCCUCCUGGGAAAUCCUUUCAGGAGGGCUAUGAAUUGUACCAAUACGUUAAGGAGAAUCAGUUAGAUAGCAAUCCAGUCAUCAUAGAUGCAGACGACCUUGUCCAAAACCCAGCAGCCAUAAUGUCAGCACUGUGCACCAAGCUGGGAAUCCCAUACUCUGAUUCUCUCUUGACAUGGAAAAAAGGGACAGAUGUUGUGGAAACUUGGACUGUGGGCACGACAUUCAAAAAGAUCAUCCAGUAUGCACCAAGCUAUGAAAACUUCCGCAACAGCACUGGUUUCCACAAAACAGAGUUGACCAAACAGGCUACCACAAGCCCUAAAGAAUCUAAAAUCACCAUGGAUAUUGAGCGAUGUGUCCAGUUCAGCAUGCCAUUCUAUCAAAAAAUGUAUGAGCAACGCUUGCAAAUCAGCAAUACCUGAGGUAUCCAGUAUAAACAAGGAUAUGUUAAUAAUCUUAAUUUACAGCUUUCGCUUUCCAUGGAAAUACUUCAAUAAAAAGAAAAACCUACUCCUUCCAAAUAAUAAUAAUAUUUGCAGAUUAAACUUUACUAUUGGGCAAUUCCAUUGUUACGGACGUUACGCUUAUGGAAUUUCGAAGUUUCAACUACACUUGGUGGAAAAAACAGUGUGUUUGCUUUUAUACCAGUGGCCUAUAUUCAACUGUUAAACAUGUUAAAGAAACUUUGUUCUAGCUUCACUAAUUCAUUACCUACAAGUGAGAGAAACGAAUCUUACAAACAUUACGCAUUGUGACAUGGCUUUUUGACCUCGGGUACAUUUAAGAAAACUCUGUGAAGUUGCUUCCUGUAGCUUUUUAUACAUACUCUCCUAUGUUGCAGUUGGCCCGAGUCCAUUCUGUCCAGGGCUUGAAUUGACAGUUAGAAAAAAGUACCCUUGUAAAGUCCAAUUUUGUUUAUUAAGACUUUUAUGGACAUUACAUUUUGUAUUACGGACGUUGCCUGUAUAGAAAUAUACAUGUACAUGUAAAACACAAAUGUUAAGAAUUGUUUUAUUACUUAUAGUUUUCCAUAUGGUAUUGCCUUGAUAUCCCCUCGGAUUCAUUAAGGUGUACCCCUGACUAGCAAUAGUGAACACAAACUUUAAAAUCAAUUUGAAACUUUGGCAAUCAUGUCACAGUUGGUGUGGAAUUGUCCUAUUGUCCAUUAGCAUCUAAUGUCAUUCUUGCAUAAAUGCUCUGAUAAGUGCAAGACGAGAUGUGCUUCUGCACAUCUUUAUCUUUACUAAAUUGCAUUUUCUGAUUUUGUAGUACCAAACAUCUAUUCAUAAACUGUACUAGUGAAACUGUACCAUGCAAGACUUUUAACCACUUCGUGCCGGCGCAUUUUUCAACGUUGAGGAUGCUGGGCCGGCAUGA